CCCAAAUCAAGAGUUCACGGUUGUUAAAAAAUCCAACAGGUGGAGAUGGAUACGAGCUGGAAGCUGGAACAGUCGGGGAUUUAGGGUUUCAACGGGGACUCAAUUGCUCGACUCUCCGAUCCCUUCUUCUCCGGCCAAACUCCGUCGGAAAAUUUCUCCUCCUUCGUCUCAGCUCAAUUCACGUUACAGCUUCGUUCAGGUGUGUUGAGGAAGAACUUGGGCUUAAGUACACAACUUGGUGGGAGAGAUGAAUCACGGCCAACAAUCUGGUGAGGCAAAGCAUGAAGAUGAUGCUGCUCUUACUGAGUUCCUUGCCUCUCUCAUGGAUUAUACUCCUACUAUUCCUGAUGAUCUAGUGGAGCACUACUUGGCUAAGAGUGGGUUUCAGUGCCCCGACGUACGAUUAAUAAGGCUAGUUGCUGUGGCUACACAAAAGUUUGUUGCAGAUGUUGCAAGCGAUGCUCUUCAGCACUGCAGGGCUAGACCAGCACCAGUUGUCAAAGACAAAAAACAACAAAAGGUAACAUCUUGCUCAUUUUCGUUUUUGUUGUUUCGACUUUCGACUUUCGAUCAUGUCAUGAAUAUUAAUUUAUUUUUUAAACAGGAUAAGCGUUUGGUAUUGACAAUGGAAGACCUCUCAAAAGCUCUGCGUGAGUAUGGUGUGAAUGUGAAGCAUCCAGAAUAUUUUGCUGAUAGCCCGUCGACCGGAAUGGAUCCUGCGACAAGAGACGAAUAGCAACCAGGAAGUCUUGAUCGGCUUUCCCAGUAUGGAUGAUCGUGUGUGAGUUACUUGAUUUUCUAUUGUGUUUUAGUUGAAACAAAACUCUCUCUUCUUCCUAGUCAUCGAUUACAUGUAUAUCAAUUCCUCUUGUUGUUUGUUUCUUGACUUGUAUCGCUCGUGUUAUUGAGUUUCAUACCAUGCUUUUAUCAAAA